AUGGCCAAACCUUUAGAGUCCAGCGCUAUUCUUUCGGGAGAUGAGAUUAAGCCUUACCGCAUCCACGUCUCUAGGAAGUAUCUCGAUCUCACGAAACAGAAGUUGGAGCUCACAAGACUGCCGCAUGAGACGUAUGACUGGCGAGAGCAAGAGGCUGCUUUCAACGAUCAACUACCUCAGUUCCGCACAGCCGUGACCGUGCCGGGGUCAGACGCUUCUGUCCGGCUUCACCUUGUCCAUGUCAGAUCGCCUCACGCCCAUGCCAUCCCGCUUCUCUUGACCCCUCCUUUCCCCUUUUCAAACCUCUCACUCGGACACCUCAUCCGGCCGCUCACGGAGCCCGAGGACCCGAAAGAGCAACAGCCCUUUCACGUGGUGAUUCCCUCUCUGCCCGGCCUCGGCUUCAGCGAUGCGCUGCCCAGCAACACUUCCGUCAUCUCGGCGACGGCGGAGAUUCUCAACAUCGUCAUGUCGCGGCUCUCGUACACGUACUACCUGGUCUCCAACACGUCGUCCGCGUCUUCGAGCCCGGCCGGAAUCGACUGGAAACUCACAAACCACUUGGCGAUCCACUACCCUGGCAGUUGUCUAGGUGCUCACUUCAUCAACCCAUCGCUGACGGCGCCGACCUUGAAGGAGGCGCCUCUCGAGUGGGUGAAGUGGACCAUUGCCAAGCUCUUCCGUGCACCGAUCCUCGGCUACCAAAGCGAAGACGUUCGAUCCCUGGGCCAGGCGGAGCUCACUCCGAAGCAAUCUGCAAAUCUCUCAUUACCCGGCCCUGCGUCCAUCAUCGAGCCAAACACGCCGUCCUACGCCCUGUGCGAUUCCCCCGUGGGAUUGCUCGCCCUCGUCCUCAAAGUCAUCCGUGUCCUUGGCGUCAAGAAGGAGUUCUCUCAGGCCGAGAUCAUCACCUUCACCCAAACCGCGUGGCUGCCCGGACCAGAAGCCGCGAUGCGACUCUGGGCGCAUUGCCUGACACACCAGGAGAAGCCUGUGUCGAAACCGGCAAAGAAGCCAAACGUGGCGAUUACCGUAUUCUCGGCGGACGUCAGAAACGUGCAGAACGCCGACAUCGAAGCCCAAAACACGCUGCCUCACGCAGCACCAAUCUCUCAUGUGUGCCCUGCGUGGGCCAACGUCUCGUACAACGCGGUACACGUGCGCCGCGUACAAGGUAGCCCGGGACUGGUUGCCUGGGACCACCCCGAGCUCGUCGGCGAGGGAGUCAGGGGCCUGGCGAGGAGGCUCCUCUCCCUCGACGACAGACUGAAGAGCCCCGAGCGGCCGAGCACGGCGCCGCUGCAAGGGGUCGUCGUCCCGCCGAGCUCCACGCCAAGCGCCGAUCCAGGGCUGCAUCCGCAGUCUCCGCGGACGAUGCCUUCCACCCCGCAGGGCGAGGCGACUUGGCGGCUCGAGAGGAUCCGCGAGACCUCGGAGACUCCGAAGAAGAGCCAGCAAGAAGAGCAAGGCGGGCGCGCGCCCGAUCCCGACUUUGAGGGAGCGAGCCCGGAUACCAUUGUGGUUACGCCCCCGCUGAACGAGGGCUUGCGGUAG